AUGGCUCAGGUCGAGAAUGCCGUCGGGAUUCUCUCGAACCCCACCUCCGACCAAUCUCUCAAGGAGCAAGCUUUCGAAUACCUAAACCAACUGAGGAACGAUCCGUCAGGAUGGCAAGCUUGCACCACACUCUUCGCUCGAACCCCUCAAACGUCAGAAGUCGUGCGCAUGGUCUGUCUCGAAGUGGUCAACUAUGCGGUGCACACUCAAGGUCUCGACCAGGCAAGCCUGGCUUUCCUCAAAGACACCCUUCUCCAAUACUGCCGCCAAACAUACGGUCCUAACGCCCAACAAGAAGCCGAUCCUUAUCACCUUCAGAACAAGCUCACACAAACAUUGACGUACUUGUUUGUCUUCCUUUACCAAGACGGAUGGCAGAGCUUCCUCGAUGACCAGCUUGAGUUGACUGGUCUCUCCACAAAUACCGACAACGUCCCGGGCGUCGUUUUUUAUCUUCGAACUUUGGGUUCCAUCCAUGACGAGAUUGCCGAUAUGCUUCUGUCACGGCAGAGCAACGAGACAAAGCGAAAUACCGAGCUCAAGGACCAGCUUCGAGCUCAGGAUAUGCACAAGGUGUCUGAGUCGUGGAAGCAGCUCCUAACACGAUACUCGAACAACGAUACCGUCGUAGAACUUGUUCUCAAAGUCCUGGGCAAGUGGGUUAGCUGGAUGGACAUCUCCUUGGUUAUCAGCCAGGACAUGCUCGGGCUGCUGCUGCCGGUAGUCGGCCGACCAAGCACUGAUGUGCAAGACAAGGUCCGCGACACAGCCAUUGAUACCUUGAAUGAGAUAUGCGGCAAGAAGAUGCGUUCGGCAGACAAGAUGGAGAUGAUCUCCUUCAUUAACCUGAGGGAGAUUGUUGAACAAUUAGUUGCUAGCCCCCCUUUGAGCGAGUACAAGGGAACCUCUCGUUACGAUACGGACCUGGCCGAAGCAGUUGCCAAGUUAGUUAACACCGUACUCUCCGAUAUCGUACGGGCCCUCGAGGACAGCCAGAUCAGUGAUGACACUCGCGCUAGAGCUAAUCAGCACCUCCAAGGGUUCCUCCCUUUCCUUCUGCGCUUCUUCUCUGACGAAUAUGAUGAGGUCUGCUCGUCUGUCAUUCCCGCCCUAACAGACCUGCUCACAUUCCUCCGUAAACUCACUGUUGUUCACCAAGACUACGGCGGUAUGCUCGCGCCAAUCCUAGAUGCCAUCAUUCACAAGAUGAGAUACGAUGAGACUACCAACUGGGGUGAUGAAGAUGAGCUCACAGAUGAGGCUGAAUUUCAAGAGCUACGUCGCAAGCUACAGAAUCUGCAAAAAUCCAUUGCGGCCAUUGAUCAGCCUUUGUACAUGGAUAUGCUCAGCAACUUGGUUGCAACUACCUUCCAAACUCUUGACCAGCAGGGCUCACAAAUGGACUGGCGAGAUCUUGAUCUUGCAUUGUAUGAGAUGUACCUCUUUGGCGAGCUUGCACUUCCCAACCAAGGACUUGGCACAAAAAACCAGCCCUCUACUGAGGCCUCGGAGAGGUUGGUGGUUAUGAUGCAGAAGAUGGUUGAAUCUGGUAUUGCCAACUUCUCUCAUCCCGCCAUCCUUCUGCAGUACAUGGAGAUUUGUGUGAGAUAUUGCGUGGUUUUCGAGAACCAUCUCUCACAGUACAUCCCUCAAGUUCUAGAGAACUUUGUGCGAUUGGUUCACCAUGACCACGUUCGGAUAAAAACACGAUCGUGGUACUUGUUCCACCGCUUCAUCAAGCAGCUGCGUGCUCAGGUUGGCAACGUUGCGGAGACAGUCAUCCAGUCGAUUGGAGAUCUCUUGCCCAUCAAGGCUGAGGUCCCUGGUGAUGAUGCCGACGAUGAUAUGUCAUCAGACGAAUCUGACCACUCCGCGGAUGCUCUCUUUACGAGCCAACUGUACCUUUUCGAAGCCAUUGGCUGUAUUUCCUCAACCCAAAGUACACCUGCUGAUAAGCAGGCCUUGUACGCCCGAUCUGUUAUGGACCCCCUGUUUACCGACAUGGAAGGACACCUCCCACGAGCCAAGUCUGGAGAUGCGCAGGCCACUCUUCAAGUCCACCACAUUGUCAUGGCCUUGGGUACCUUGGCCCACGGGUUCUCUGACUGGACUCCAGGCAUCACCUCCGCUAAUGCACACGGACCUCCCGACAAGGCUGUCUCGGAUGAGUUUUCUCGCGCUGCCGAAGCCAUUCUCAUUGCCCUCAACCAGCUGAACUCGUCUUCUGAGAUCCGAACUGCUUGCCGAUCAGCCUUUUCUAAGCUGUUGGGGGUCCUUGGUGCAGCUGUGCUGCCCCAGUUGCCCCAGUGGAUUGAAGGACUGCUGUCCCAGAGCUCAUCUAAGGACGAGAUGGCUAUGUUUCUUCGUCUACUGGAUCAGGUGGUGUUUGGCUUCAAGGCUGAAAUUUACGAGGUCUUGAACAUGCUUCUGACGCCUUUGCUUCAGCGUAUCUUCGGUGGGCUUACGGAGCCCAUUGCUGGUACCGAUGACGAGAUCCAGCUGGCUGAGCUGAGGAGGGAAUACCUCUCUUUCCUCCAGAUUAUUCUGAACAAUGGAUUGGACGGUGUUCUCGUCAGUGAAUCUAAUCAGGGCUUCUUUGAGCCUAUGAUUUCCUCCAUCAUUGAGCUCGCCAAGACCCUUGAGGGUAACAUCGGCGGUAGCCGUCUGGCUUUCACUCUGAUGACAAGAAUGGCAGCUAUAUGGGGAGGACCUGAUGUUGCCACUAUUUCGCAGAACCCAACGGCUCCUUCUGGUAGCCCCAACCCUGCGUUCCCUGGUUUUGACCAUUUCAUGAUUCAAAGGUUCCACUCAACCUGCUGGGAGGUUAUGAAGAACCCCAGCUUCCGGCCUUACCAGGACGCUCAGACUAAGCAAGUUCUCACAGAGAUUGCAGGUCUAGAGCAGACCAUUUACACCAAGACAGGCGAGUCUUUUAUCCAGGAACUCCAAAACAAUAUCUUCCCUAGCCUUGGGGUCAACGGUGACGACUUUUUACGAUCUCUUACGACGUCGACGGACAAGAGGCAGUUUGCUUCAUACCUGCACAACCUGCUCAAGUCCCGACAGUAG